AUGACUUCCGACGAGAAAAUAGUGAAUUAUUACAAGUAUCAACCAAGCCACGUACUACCGGCAAUCUUUGCCGCGGUGGUAGGUGUGUCGUUCCUAUUGCAUAUUUGGCAGAAUUUUCGCUAUCGAUUCUGGAGAGUCACCUUUUUCGUGGCUUGGGGCGGCCUUCUGUUCACGAUUGGUUGGAUCCUUCGAUGCUUUUCAAGCUAUCAUCCGGGUAACAAGAACCUCUUUAUUGCUCAAACCGUCUUCAUUUACCUCGCUCCACCGGUUUAUUCUGCAUCGGCAUAUAACAUUGUCGGUCGAUUGAUGAACUACCUACCUAUGCACGCCCCUCUGAAUCCUAACCGUGUUUUGAUGGUCUUUGUAUAUGCGGGAGCCGUUGUUGAGGGUAUCACGGUAGCUGGCGCGGCAAAGAUUGCGGCUGCCGGGUCAGAUCUCGAUGAAUAUAAGAGGGGCGGCGUCUUGGUUACAGCCGGUCUCAUAUUACAGGCCGUGGUGGAAACCUUGGUAAUUAUGCUUGUCGCAAUUGUCCACAAGCGAACGGCAAAAGCCCGGACUAUUCCGCGCAAUGUGAAGAUUCUUUGCAUGACUUUGUACGGGACAUCGACUUUUGUACUGAUGCGGUGCAUCUUCCGCGCCGUCGAAGGCUUCGAAAUGUUCGAUAACGUUGGCUGUCGGGAGAAUUGUGGUCCCAUCUUGAGCAACGAAUGGUAUUUGUAUGCAUUUGAGCUGGGUCCGAUGCUGAUUUUCACUUACUGGCUCAACCUCCUUCACCCUGGUCGAUACUUGCCCCGUGAUAAAUUCCGCUACCUUGGAACUGACGGCCACAUUGAGCGAGAGGGUCCCGGCUGGACUGAUAACAGAGAUACAUGGGCAACCUUUAUGGACCCUUUGGACUUUGAAGGUCUGAUCAAGGGAAAGGCUUCGCAUGACCAAUUUUGGUUGAAACCCGAGGAGUGGCCAGCCUGCCAAGAUGGCAGCUUUGCAGAAGGCUCUGCUUCUAACAUACGGUUGGUACGACCUAACAAGGAGAAUAUUGUAUUUGCCUCUGAAGCCUAG